AAUUAUUACAUUUUAAUAUUAUCGUCGGAAUGUAUCUUGUUUUUGCACUAGACACGUAGAAACAGCGCCAUUUUAUUUCUAUAUGUAUUCAAGGUGAAUGCCAUUCUUCAAAGUUUGUCUUAAAACCAUCUUCUUUCCCUAAAAUGCUGAAGUUUUUACCGGUUAUGUGCGGGAAUGUCCAAAGAUUUGGCCUGUCUGGAUCUCAGCGUCUUGUGGAUACCAACACAACUGAGGAUGGAUUCUAACCAAAAUAGAAUAGCAUCCCCCACUACCUGUGUGCCCUGUCAGCUGUACACCUGAUAUUGUGUUACAACUCUUGAAUAAAUAUGUAACUGUUUGAAAGGAUUGUGGAGUAUGAGGAAGAUUGAUCAGUUACACCAUUUAAUUUUGUUUGCUUCAAUGGAUUAUGAAAAAUGACUUAGCACUGUGCAAAUGUGGGUGAACAUUACUGACUUUCCAACAUGGAAGUAUCUCAAGAAGAAGAUACUACCUCCCUGAUACGAAUAGUUCAGGAGACAAAGAAAAGAAAAUGAACCCAAACCUGAGACAUCAGGUCCAUUAUGGCACCUUGCAGGUGCAUGGAAAUGCUGCUGCAACCAUGAACAACAACCUGCAAUAUGGGAAUGCCCAGUCAGCCACCUUCUUCCCAACCAACAUGUCUGGAGGAAAAGUGUACAACCAGCAGGCCAGUGUGAUGGUCAACAACCAGGGCUUUGUGGCAAUGAACAUGGAUGGGUUUGAUGGUGGACAAGGUCAAAGAAUUGUAGGCAUGCAGGGCACUAUGGCUGCCCAGAUGCAAGGUGCCAUCUCUAUGACGGCCAACAUUUCCCCUCAGUUCAACAGCCCUGGAGGCCACAACUUUAAUAUGGCUAAUGCCACCAUGAUGCCAGGAUCUAUGAUGCCCGCACCAGGAAACAUAAUGCAAACAUCUCCAGGUAACAUAAUGCAGGCUCCUGCUAACAUGAUGCAGGCACCUGGAAGUGUUAUGCAGGCAUCUGGCAACAUGGUGCAAGGACCGGGGAACAUGAUGCAUUUCUAUAAAGGAAUGAAUUCUGGAAUGAUCAAUUCACCAAAUGGUUUGCCUGGAAUGAAUUUUAGUCCCCAGUCCUCAAAUGUUCUGCCAAGCUUCAAUCAGCUGUUUGGGAACCCAAGUCCACAGUUCCAGGCACCCAAUCAGCAACAAGUGCAUCAAGGUGGUGUGAUGAAUGCUGGGAAUUCUGGAGGGUUUGAUAACUUUGUCCAGAAUGUUGUUGUUAAUGGUCCAGCUCAACACAUUCAUCAGAUGCAACCUCAACAACAACAGCAGCAGCAGCAACACUCAGUUGGAACAUUUGUUAAUAUUGGCUAUAAUCAAAGACAAAACUUGAACACAAACACUGUGAAUGCUAGCCAAUUUACAUGUAUGCCAUACAAGCAGGGGGACAAUGUGUACAUGAUGACAACUCCUAACCUCAAUAAUAAGUUCAGUACAAGUAUGCCGAUAGGAACAGUUGGGCGACCGGACUGUAGGUUUUCUGGGCCAGGUGUAGGGACGAAUUCUGGUAACAUUAACUUGCUGGGAUGUCAGACGUCAAACUUGGCUGAGCAUGCUCACCUGAGGCCAGUAUCACAAUCCGCAGCCAUGGUGACCACCACAGUCUACUCUCAUGCAAGCGUCACAUGUAGUACAGCUGUCAGUGGCCAGCAUGGUCAAUGCAUAAUGCAAAGGCCAGUACAGUCUAACUGUGGGCAUAAUCACCAUCCAUCAGAGCGGACUUCUCAGUGUGCUGUGGUGUCCAGGCCUUCAUCGAGUUUUUGUAACAAUGUACAGACAUCAAUGUCUCAAUGCAGGACUAACUUUUCACCUGGAACUAGUAAGCCAGUAACCACGACAACAGUUUCUUUGGGAAGUGUGGCAUCUCCAGUUAGUGCUGACUCUGGUGUAGUUGCCUCCACUACUUCCAGCCCGAUGACGGACAUUGCCAGCCCUACAACCACAGCUACCCCUACCAUCACCAGUACAACCGUCUCUUCACAACCACCUGUUAGCUCCACAGUUACUGUCCCCUUUGGCUGGAAGAGGGUGGUUGAAGGCGAGGCUGUGGUAUAUUAUAGCCCAAGUGAUACCCGGCUGCUGUCUGGAGACUGUGUGAGAAAAUACCUGCAGUCAGAUGGCACCUGCAAAUGUGGUUUGGAAUGCCCACUUAUGGUCGACAAAGUCUUCAAUUUUGACACACACAUUAAAUCGAAAGCUUGGACUGUGGCAGAGGUUUCCUGUAAUGAUGACCUUACCAAGUUCUGCAACCACAAACGGAAAAUAAUAGCCUUAGCCACACUGCAGAACAGUCAGUCAAUGCAGGUACCCAUAAGUUGUCAAGAGGAGAAAGACACUGGUAAUGACAAAGAAGAAACGGCAAACCAGGGUUCAACUCCAGUAGUGUCAUCUCCUUCCAAACCAGCUAAAAAAGAAGGCAAAUCCAAGAAAAAAAAAGGAAACAAAAACAAGGGUGGUUCAGGGCCAUACGAUGGAGUUUUGGUGUCACAGCUUCUUGCACAGCGGGAUAAGAACAGAGCAUCAGCCACUCGCAGCUCACUUCACGUACCUCUUUCCAAGGAAUUGAGUUCGUUGAUUGAUGCUGCCUUGGGCAAUACAGACAGUCAGAAUUCCUCAAAACAGUCUGAGGCCAAAGGAAAUUCUAAAGAUGGAGAUUUGGCCAAAGUGAAAUGUGAGACACCCUCAAGCCCAAAUACUAUACUUAGACCCAGUUCUGGUCAACAGACUUUGUCCCUACCUGCUUUAAAACAAGCCAUGAAUCGCUCAAAUACACCAAAGCAGAAGGAAAAGAGAGACCCGAUGGAUGACUUGGGACCCAUUACGUGUCAUGUACCUGGGAAGCUGGAUUUCAGCCUCACCAGACCUCCUCCAAACUGUCAGCAUCUGUUCAGUCGCUCACCAAACAUGAUGUCACCAGCACUUCCUAAUAAUCCUUGCUUACCCUCAAAUCCAAGUCAUAAUAAUCCGCUUAGCAUUCAGACCACUUUUGGACCUGAACAUUUUAAGAACCAGCGCAUUUUCUUACAGUCUCCUCCUUGCAAUACAGGCUCAAGUGCACCAUGUGAUGUACCAAUGCAAGUGCCAAACUAUGGUAUUGGUGAUCAGAUGGCUACAGGGUUUGGUGUAGAUCGUGGAAAUAUCAUGAUGCAGCCUGUACAUCAGUUGCAGGAUUCCAUGUUGAAUGUUCCAAAUCCCGCUGUUCAAAGAUUCCCUAACCCUGCAUUCAAUCAAAACGCACAACAAGGCAAUCCAUACCAUUGUGCACCUCCUCAGCAUGCCUACAUGCCUCUUAAUAAUCUGCGUAAUAAUCUUGGUGCACCCUGGCUAGAUCAAAGCAAACCUAAACCAAAACGCAUACGCCCUAAAGCAAAGAAAAAUGAGCGAAGGAAAUUCAGAGAAAGCACUUCACCAUGUCCAAAUAUUGAUGUUAGAAAUAUGAAUAUGCCACAAGAGAGCGUGAUGGGUAAACAGGCAACCCAAGUGACUAUGGCUUCGUUCAUGGACAACCCAACUGCUUUCCUGGCUCAGCAAACUGCCCUUGUGCAUAAUUCAAUAGCUUCUAGUUCUCAGGGUGUUCAAGCAGCUUCAAGAGGGUUGGUAGACUGUAUUAACAAAAGUGCUUUAUCUAGUCCACCAUUGUCAGCUUCACGGGGAGAGGCAGGAGAACAUGGCUCUGUCGGGGACAGUCUAAAGCAGGAAUCAAAUUUCGACCUGACGCUGAAAACAGCCACAGAAGAGUCACAAGCCUUUUGUAAAUCAGAAUCUACCCCAUGUUCUCCAAAUGGCAGCCCUGUAGCAGGCUCCAGAAGUCCUGUGACAAACACGUGCACAUCAGUCCCACCAUGCUCAGGCAAUAAUAUCAAAAGUGAUGUUGUGGCAGAGGAUAAUGUUCCAUCCACAGAAACAGAAUCUAGCAAUCCCGAAUCGUGUCCCAAAACUCAGACUUCAUCAGUACCUUCUGAGGAGCCUAUCAAGAAGUCACCUAAACUGGAGUCCCAACCAGAGCCAGCUAAGAGAUUAGUGAAAGAUGUACAUGAUGCUAAAAAUUCAGGUUCUGCUGCAGCUGAGAACUUACCUAAACCAAAGAAAUCCCAAACACCAGUCAGUGAGGUAGAAAGCCCAGGCAAACAGGACAAAGGAAAGUCAAAAACUUGUUUGAAAAUCAGAGAACCUAACAGCAUAAAGCAAGCCUUGAAAAAGUCUUCUAGUAGUUUUCCAGCAAGCACACUUUUGUCCGCAGCAGCAAGGGCACAGCUUGCUAGCCAGAUCCAAACACAAGUUAAUAGCAAAGUAUACCAGAAGUCCAGCACUGCCAACACAAGCUUUUCCUCGUCUGUGUCUCCUAUAAGCAGUGCGCCCCUGAAUGCUCAGUGUAACACUGGAAGACCUGCCAAUUCAGUGUCGUAUGUCAACUCCAAGCAGACGUUUGACAACUCUGGAUUUAACAUGUUGCACAAUUCAAAUUUGUCACCAAUGAUAUCUCAGACCUGCUUACCAGGAGGUUGUAGUAAACCGUUAAAUGGGCUAAGUGGAAUACUCGGGGGAAUGAGCCCUGCAUAUUCUCAUUUCCCUGCAGAAGAUGGUAAAGAGCAGUCUCAUAUUCAGAUGGUUCAAAAUGUUGUUGCCUCCAUUGAUGGUAAAUCGGACACAUUCAAAACCAACAAUGUAACCCCAGGUAUGACUGCAAUGCUCCCAGAUGGUGUCUGUGCCAACAAAGACAAAGAACUUAAUCCACUGGUGUAUGAUGUCAACUAUGAAAUGAACAAGCUUGGAGGAACUCUUCAAGAUCCAGGAAAUAAGGCAGCUCUACAACAUGCAAUCAAUCAGGCAUUUCUGCAGCAAGGCAUCACCAAUCUUGGUGCCUCACCCUUAGGUGGCCAAGUUCCUCUUAUGGGCGUCAAUUCAACAAUGUCAAACGGACAACUUUCAGUCCCAGUUGUGACAACCUUGGCACCCUCCAACAAUCUGUCUCAGAUGAUUCCUGCCAUGGGAUUAACUCAACCCGUAAUUGCUCAGCAGCCUUUAAUGCAACUUAUUAGCACUUUGAAUUUGAAUAAUCCUAUGCUUUUGUCCACACCCUCAGUCAACUCCCCGAACCAGACGACUUUAUCAACACCACAGAUGCUUGGGGUGUCUGUGCCAAGAUCCCAAAGCUCAAUGACCUCUGCUCCUUCAAUGGAGAGCAAUCUAGACACAUUGGCUCAGGCAGCAGUCUCAGUCUGUAAUAACAACAUGGCUGUACAAAACUGCAGUCCAGGCCAAACUUCCCAAGAUCCUAAUUAUGUGGCUAACAGCCUCAAAGGUAGUGCUGAUGUAAAGGUCUCUCCGAACUCAGUUGUUGAUGGAAUGGGUCAGACCUCUGCUGCAUCUCCUGCUCAGGUGGUCCUGCUUCCUCAAAUGCAGAUGCCUUUGGUACAGAUGAUGGGAUCCAAUCAAAUGCAAAUCAACUCCAGCUGUAUGGAAAAGAGUAAUAUAAACAAUAUUAACCUAAAUCUUAAUAUGACCCAAAUGGUUGUUCCUGGACAAGCACCAUCUCCACAAAAUCUUGGAAUGUUUUCUCCUCCUCUUGCCAAUAAUACACUGAAUCUGUUCAAUUUGCAGCAAAUGAUGAAUCUGUGUUCAACCACCAAUGUGACAGCAGCCCAGCUACAGCAGCUUCAGUGUCUGCAGUUGCAGCAGCAGCUUCUACAACAGGUGCAAUAUAUGCAGUCGCUUAUCAACCAGCUCGGCCUCCAAGGUGUGGUGAAUAAUAGUGUGGCAUCCGAUGUGCAGCAAGAUAAGACAGUUCAGCAAGAAGAGGAGCCCUCUGCAGUUGUGCCUGAAGAUGGGGGUUUGCAGGCUGGUGAGGAAUUCAAGGAAACCGAAGAAGAGGAGUAUGUGGGGCAAGAAACUAAAAGCACUGAAGGACAUGAAGAAUCGAGUGUCCAAACUGAUCAGGAUGUUGAAGACGUAGAGGAAGGCGAUGAAGGAUGUGUUUCCAAAGAAAUAGCGGAUACCUCAGCUGAAAAUUUGUCGAGUAAGCCUGAUAGUUUGCCUUUGUCCAUCAAAGAGGAAUCGAGAGUAAAAGAUACUGGAGAAUUAUCUCAUGUUAAUGGAAAUACUUCAGGUGAUAGUGAAGAUGUUACUAAAGCCUCAUGUUAUGAAAAUGUAUCGGAAGCUAAGGCAGAAACACCUCAUCAGUCUGAGGUAAACUCUGGAUCGUUUCACUCGGAAUUAUCACAGAAUGAUCUGUCAGACAAGAGUGAACAUCUGCCAGAUGAUAUCAGCAAAGCUGAGAACAACGAGACAGAGAUGGCAGAAAAAAUGCCAGAAGUGAAUUUGGAUAGUUCUGAGGAGAGUGUAGUUAAGCAGAGUCCUGUUAGGGAGACUUCUUCAGAAGAUGUUCCUGUGGUUGAGCAGACACACAUAACUGUCCCCAAAGGUACAGAUGAAAAGAAGCCAGAGUCAAAUCACAUUGACCACACCUAUGAUGGAGAAAGUUUUGAAAUUGAUAGGACACUACAAUGUCAACAGAAGGAUACAGAUAGAACAAAGCAGACUAUCAAUGCACUGGAAUCUUUGUCACCCACACAUUUAAGUAUUACAAAUUCUGAGUCUCUUGAAAUCCAUGAUGAGAAUGAACAUGAUGACGGCAGGCUAACUAGCAGCGAGACUGACUCCCUGUGUGAUGAUCAGGGACUAGAAGUGUGUGAUGGGCCGACGGCUGGGAAAACCUUCAGGAGGAACACCAAUGGACCUGUCCAUGGUGAAGACUAUCGCAUGGAAGACACCUCAUCACAUGAUGGUCUCAGCAGUUCAGAAGAUGAGAAGAUAGAUGAAAUUUUUGCCAAUCAUCACCAUCGAGGAUUAAAGCGGAUCUAUGAUGACUACAAUGAUAGUGCAAUUGAUGAUGAUGACUCGCUAGAUUUUGGUGACAAGACAAUGGGUGUAUUUCCUCGUAACUUCAACGUUGGGGACUUGGUUUGGGGACAGAUCAGGGGAUUUCCUUCCUGGCCAGGUAAACUGGUAGAUGAGAACCAAGUGAAGGGGAACCCCAAGACUGAGGAUGGCAAGCUCUGGGUGAAGUGGUUUGGGGAUCACACAUGUACUCAGGUGGAACCUGACAAGCUGAAGACUCUGUCUGAAGGACUGGAAGCUCAUCAUAGGGCAAGGAAAAAGUUUAGGAAAGGCCGAAAAAUGAAUUCCAACUUGGAAUCUGCCAUACAAGAAGCCAUGAUGGAGCUGGAUCGUCCAACUGAGAAUUUGGAGCCUCCAGUUCAGGCCAAUCGCUAUGUCAAAGGCCGUGUUGUGAAGAAACGUCGCACCCGGUGACGGUGGCUUCAUGCUGCCGAGACAGCACUUACCUCUCUGCGGGGCUCACCCCCGAAAACCCUCACAGAUGUCAACAUGAAGAGAGUUUAAUCACAUAUUUGGCUGAGGUUAAUACCUAUUUUUGCAUACAUGUAACAACACAUUGUUCACUGUUCCAUCCCACAUGUUCUGUCGUAAUGUCCUGGCCCUAUCAUUAGUAGAACAGUGUAUGUGUGUUAUUGUAGUGCUAUGUGAAGCAUGAUCCCGUCCUCCUCAUGCAGCAUUAGGCUGUGCACCACGGGGCGCGAUCAUUUGACUGAUGUACACAGUAUGACUAAAAAUUAAAAUUUUGUUCAUUGGAUUUAUUGUAUUGAAAUAUGACAUUUAAUUCUACACCAAUCAAGAAUAUAAACCAAGUUUAAAAUACGUUUGUCAAGAGUUUUGAAAAAAAAAAGUUGUAUUUGUUUUAAAGUGGAAAUUGUUUUAUUUUUCUUCUAAAGAAAGAAGCAUCUUACUACUUUACUAUUCUACUUUUUCUGCUGGUCAGAUUCUUGUUUUACUAAGAAUUAAGCUUCUCCUGUGUAAAGGUUAUUCAGGUCAAAUUUUUCAGCAUAAUAUAUACCACAAAAGCUUCAAUGCUCUCUCAUGACAAUGUAACUGUUACAGACUUUGCAUUUAGUUGUCCCACAGACAAUUUGUAGAAGAUUAGUAGAGUGUAUCAAACUCAGGAAAUGGUGACAAACUAUGGGAGUCUGCUGGAAACACUUUGAGGAGUGUUACCGAAGUAGACUUUGACACCCUCACCUAAGACAUCAAUGUUCAGGGGACCGCAGUGAUACCCUUCUCUCUAUCAAUACCUUGUACCUGUAUGAAACUAUGUUUGUGAUGGAUUCUUUGGUUCCAACUGUGAUAUAAAAAUGUACAGUAUACCAUGUGUUUUAUUAAUUCUGUAACAUAGGAGAAAGUUUAUAGUGUCUCUUUUUCAUGUGUCAUUGUUGCCCAGCAAUAAUUAGGAGUACAGUAGUCCUCUGAUGAUUGGAUUGUGUUUAUUGCAAUGCCACGUGCCAUAUUGACUUGAUAACUUCGUGGCGGUGUUCACCCAGGUGUGGGUUGAUCCACUUGUAUUCUAUACAGCACAAUUUUGUAUUAUCUUUAUCACCUCCGCCCUUUUGUUAUUUUAUGAAGAGAUUUUGUGUUUGAGCAUUCUUUGAGUUAAUUUUUUUUUUCCAAAAGUUUUCAUUUUAAAUGUGGCAGUGUGUUGUUAAAGAAUAUAGAGUCAGAUUUUGAUUUCUAAGGAUUUUACAAUAGUGGGGAAUUAGAAUGAGCUUUUUUCUUUGCUUACAAAAGUGGUAUUAUUCUUACAGGUUAUCCUGUAUUGGAGAGUUUUAGUGUUAUUUAGUCUUUAUGCUUGUUGAUGUUUAUUGCACAUCUGGUCAAAACGUCCCAGAAUUUAGUGUUGUGACUUUUGUUCUGGCAAUUAUUGGCCAAAAUAGCCUAUUUGAAUUGUAGCAGUUCAGUAGAUUUCUACGGACAUUUUUUUUUUUUUGUUAGGAAGCUACUUGAUUACACUUUCUAGGAGCAUUAUAUCCAGUGAUUGUCGUAUUUUUCAAUCAAUGAUAUUUGGAAGUCUUUUUGUUUUUUUUUUUUCUCAGUCCAUAUUUACUUAUAUGGAUUUAUAUAGUAUAUAAAAGUGAGUGGGUCUGUUGUGUUGCAAUGGCUUGGUCUACUCCAGUCACAAGCUUAUGUAUGUACAUAGCUACCACAUGGCCAACGGCAAACCUAUAAUAUAAUACUACUAAAUGUUAUAUCUUUGUGCUAAAAGCACCGUGGUAAUUUGAUUUUGAAGUUUAAGACAGAUGUUUUGAAUAAUUAACAAUAUAUCUGUACAUACAUGUAUAUAGAUAUCUCUACCUUACAUGUAUGUAUUAUAUGUGUACAUGUGCUAAUCUGUGGAGAGGGGCUGUACAGUACAUACAGGUAGCCUCUCCACGUAUUAUGUUGUGCUUUGAGAGCAGCAUUGUUAGUGCUAGGAGAGAUUCCUGCGACUGUGUCUCUACAGGAUGAAGAUGUUGUGUCGCACUCUGGGAGAUAGUGUACUAACAGUUCUUAUGUAGGCCAUUACUAGCGCGGAGGUAUAUGCCUGUGCAGGUAACACAAAGAGACUGUUAAACCUGUAUUCAUUAAAUAGGUCAGUGUUAAUGCCACAGUAUCAAGCUCAGACCUUUCUGUUUGAUAAGCUGUCCUAAAGCAAUGAACUUUUGUUACACAUUUCUACCCAGCUACUUCAAUUUACACCCAUGUGGAAAGUAGUACAUCAUCCCAAAUAUAAUUAAUAAACAUCUUUAUGCAUUACUA